GUUUUAUUUUACCUUUGCGCCACUUCUUGUUUUUGGGUGUUUCGAUUUUCUCCAUUUUUGCAUUUCUUUUUCUUUUUCAUUAAUGGAGGUAAAGGGUCACCUAAUCCAAUACCAUCUUAUUUAAAUUCUCACAUUUCAUCCCCAACCUCGUUCAAAAGCUUCAACUUUGAGCCCAAAGUUUUUCAGCUUCCCAAUGUCUUCGUCGGAGAUGUCCCACAUCGAUUUAGAGCAAGGAAUAACUCACCGCCGGAACGGGAGUGACGUCAGCUCCGACGAUGCUAGCGUGUGUUUCUCGGACGCCGACGAGGGCUCUUGCUAUUCUCAGUUUUAUUCCACCGUAGGCGGUUCCUAUUACGCUUCCGACGGGGAGAUCGGCGAUGCGUCGGAUUCCAGGAGAGUGACGGACAGCUCGGCGGAGUUCGAUGUUGUGAGGGGAGUCCAUGGAAUUAAAGUGCAUCUGGCUGAAGUUGAGAAAGAUUGUAGAAUUUGUCAUUUGGGUCUGGAAAGUAACAGCCAUGAAUCUGGUGUUCCUAUAGAAUUGGGUUGUUCUUGUAAGGAUGAUCUCGCUGCUGCUCAUAAACACUGUGCCGAGGCUUGGUUUAAGAUAAGAGGAAAUAAGACCUGUGAGAUUUGUCAUUCUAUUGCACAUAACGUAGUCGGAGUAACCGAGAUCGAGUCGACGGAUCAAUCGAAUGAGACCAACAGUUCCACGGCAAUGCCUGCAGUCAUGGUACCGACACCCCAUAUAAACUCUCGAAACUUCUGGCACGGCCACCGAUUACUCAAUUUUCUCCUUGCUUGCAUGGUUUUCGCGUUCGUCAUAUCAUGGCUGUUUCACUUCAAUGAGCCGUCGACCUAAAACUCUUU